AUGCCCCGAGGAUUUCUGGUGAAAAGGAACAAGAAGUCCACGCCCGUCUCCUACCGGAUCCGCUGCUGUGAGGACGGCGACCGGGAGCUGCUGCUCUUCGCCAGCUGCGGUGGCGGCGGCGGCGGCUCCUCCCCGCCCCUCCCCGGUUCCGAGCGGGCUCCGGCCGCGCUGCUGGCCAGCGCGCCCCCGGCCCCGCUGCUGCUGCCGCCGCCGCUGCCGCUGCCUCCCCGGGAGCUGCCGGCGCCCCCGCCGCCGGCCGCGGGCCCCAAACCCGUGCAGUUCGGCAACCCCGAGGCGGUCUACCCGGCGCCGCUGUACAGCCCCACGCGGCCCGUGAGCCGGGAGCACGAGAAGAAGAAGUACUUCGAGCGCAGCUUCAACCUGGGCUCGCCGGUCUCCGCGGAGUCCUUCCCCACGCCCACAGCCUUGCUGGGCAGCGGGGGCGGGGGCGCCAGCGGCGGCGGCGGGGGGGGCACCUGCGGCGGGGACCCCCUUCUCUUCGCCCCUGCCGACUUAAAGAUGGGCACCGCCUUCUCCUCGGUCGCUGCAGCCGCAGGCGCGGAGGCUGGAGGCGGGGGCGGGGGCCGGGGCGCCGGCAGCCACCACCCCCCGGCCGGCAGCCUGCUGUCGGUUCCCGGUCCCGCCGCCGCCUCCCUGAGGCACCCAAGUAAACGGCCUGCGUCCGCGCCAACCGCGGAGCCUGGUGCUCCGGCGGCCAAGCCGGCCAAAGCGCCGGCCGCCAAGAAGCCCAAGGCCAUCCGCAAGCUGCACUUCGAGGACGAGGUGACCACGUCGCCCGUGUUGGGCCUCAAGAUCAAAGAGGGCCCCGUGGAGCCGCCCAAGGGCCGGGCCGGGCUGGGGGCAGCUGGCGGUGCCGCAGGGGGCGGUGGCGGCGCGGGCGGUGGCGCGGGUGGUGGAGGCGUUAGUGGUGGCGGGGGCCGGCCUCUGGGCGAGUUCAUCUGCCAGCUGUGCAAGGAAGAGUACGCAGACCCAUUUGCUCUAGCCCAGCACAAGUGCUCCCGCAUCGUGCGUGUGGAGUACCGCUGCCCCGAGUGCGACAAGGUCUUCAGCUGCCCGGCCAACCUCGCCUCGCACCGCCGCUGGCACAAGCCCCGACCGCAGGCCGCCGCAGCCGGCGGGCACCACGCCCCGGGGACAGCCGUGGCCGCCGCGGGCCCCCUGGCCCCGCCUGCCGGGGGCGCCCGAGCGGCGGAGGGCAAAGGCAGUGCCGACGAGGCUCUGGCCAAGGCUGGGGCUGGUGGUGAACCGAAGGAGGCGGGCGGUAGCGAUCGGGACACGCCGAGCCCCGGGGUGUCAGAGUCAGGCUCCGAGGAUGGGCUGUACGAGUGUCAUCACUGCGGGAAAAAGUUCCGCCGCCAGGCCUACCUGAGGAAGCAUCUGCUGGCCCAUCAUCAGGCCCUGCAGAACAAGGGGGCACCACAACCCCAGCCCCCGCCACCACCCCAGCCCGCCCAGCCGGACGACCUGCUGGUCUACCCCAGCUACCCCGGGUCCGAAGGCUUGCAGCCGCUGCCGCCGCCCGAGAAGGCGGGGAAGGAAGCCGCGGGCGAAGGGGAAGCGUCGAAUCCCCUCAACAUGAGUGCCCCCACCGAGUGCCAUCUGUGCCCUGUGUGCGGGGAGACCUUCCCCAGCAAGAGCGGCCAGGAGCGCCACCUCCGCCUCCUGCACGCGGCCCAAGUGUUCCCCUGCAAAUACUGCCCGGCCACCUUCUACAGCUCGCCGGGGCUCACGCGGCACAUCAACAAAUGCCACCCCUCUGAGAACAGACAGGUGAUUCUGCUGCAGGUACCUGUGCGCCCCGCCUGCUAG